AAAAUGAAGUGUAUUCGAUGUCACACGCUGUGUGAGGUGGGACAGCGGUUUUGCUUGAGAUGCAAAGCAGUCGUCGAGGAAGAGGGAGAGCCUUGCAGUCUAAACGAUGUGACCUUUGACCGGGUUAGGAGUGGGGCGACUGAAGACACCCUGCCAAUGGAUAGCUCCUCAGAUGAAGAGGACUUCCAAGAUGCAAGUGAUCUAUUCCUUGACUUAUAUCUUGGGAAAGAUGAGGACACAUCUCAGAGAGUACAAGCUGACAGUCUGGAGACAGAGCCAUCUCAACAGAUGGAUGCUGCUGUAGCAGUGCCCACUUCCCCCGGAGAGAUAACAGUUCACUAUGUUGGCAGUGACUCUGUUUCUCUGAGCUGGCGCCCUUCUGACCGGAGGUACGCGUUGACCUACUCCUGCAACACCCAGAGAGAGAUCCGUUCCAUCCAAGGUUCCAACAGCGCUGUUGUGGAAGGCCUUUAUCCAGGGACGGAGUACACAUUCAGCGUCACAUCGGUCACAGAAGAUAGGAAUCUGAGCGCGGUGACCACAAUGUCCAUGUAUACAAAACCUCUGCCACCUGAAAGAGUAAAGAUUGACCAAGUCAGCAGUGAAUCAGUAUCUCUGGGUUGGGACAAACCGAUUGGUGUCACUGAGGCAUGUCUCGUGACCUGUUCCUGUGAUGGGGAGGAAGUCCAGAAGAUAACAACAGAGUCCAACACCCUGACGUUCUCCAGUCUGAGCCCAGGUGUCAAGUACUCCUUUCACGUCUCUACGGUGCUGAAGAACGGGACCCAAAGCAAGUCGGCUGUGACAUAUGGCCGCACAAAAACCCACCUGGAGAGUUUGCUGCUGGACCUGGGGUUGGAGCAGCACUACACAGAGAAGCUGGACCUUAGCACCGUGCUGCAGAUCGAUGAAAAGACUGUCACCGAUGAACCUGCUCAGACUCUCUCAGCCCUGCCAUGGAUUUUCCUAAAGAGGUUAAUGAUGGUGAAUGUGACUGCUAGGAGUGUGAAAUGUACCUCAUUAGGAGGCGAGGCAAGUUGUGAUGCUUCAUUUUGCAACAUAGAUCUAGAUCUGGAGAGUGUGGUUGAUAACCUGGACUCUAGUAAUGUUGUAAACCCCUUAGACAUUGUGACUGCUCUCUUUCUGUGUUCCAAUGGUUUUCUCCAGCAAGAGAUGGUUUUGAAAAUGUCAAUGUGUCAGUUUUCAGUGCCCCUGCUUCUCCACAAUUGUGACACAGAAGAGUGUACGCUAAUGCUCUGGGCCAUGAGAGACAUUGUCAAGAAGUUCAGACCGCAUUCAUUGGCAGAUUCCAGAGGAUUUGUUGAAGACAGGAUUGUUCUCUCUGACCUCCCCAUGGUCUCUUUUGUCAGAUUGGGCGAGUGCUCUCUGUCCAAGUCUCUGAUUCUAAACAAGCUGCUGAGUAAUCCUCAACAGUAUCACGACACGUUUGUCCACCACGACAUGGAAUGUGGCGAUAGCCCAAGGAGAAUAUCCAACGGAUUGGUUGAGAUAAGCUGGUACCUCCCAAGUGGGAAAAAAAACAUUGAUAUUUUUGGUGAAGCUAUUGCUGUAACCAAUCUUAGAGGGGACAUCCGUUCUUUUGAAACACAAUAUUCCUUUCUUUGCCAGACCUCUGCAGCAGUCUUUGUGUUCUUUGACAACCUGGACACCAAGUACAAGCUACUGACCAGCCAACACACCAAGGCUCAAUUGUUUCUAGUGGGUAACACACAGAGCAAGAGCUUCAGCAUUGAUGCGUUGAAGAGAACAGCAGCAGAGUUGAACUUGAAAAAAAGCAGCAUCAUCCUGAAGACCAAACAGAUGAAUGAGGCAGACUUUGUGAAGAACCUGCGAAACACAGUUGGUGAGUUGAUUAAGAAUUCAAAGUCCAAAAUGCCAUUGGAGCAGAUGGCUGAAGUGGCGCAUGAGCUUGGAAUACUGGUUGAUGAGGACUACAAAGAAUGUCAGAGUGCCAAGAUAAAUGCUGACGCAAUCACGUCAAAAAUUUACGACACACCACAGUAUAAGGAAAGUCAGCUUCCCUUGCAAGGACAGAUUUGGAAGGAGCUGGCACGUAUAGAGAAGGAGGAAUGCAGACUGCGGAAAGCUGGGAACCAGAACCUGGAGAUGUACAAAAGUGAACUCCAAACAGACAAGAGACAACUUAGGGAACAGCAAAGGAGAUAUGACAUUUCAGAGGCAAUGACCUGCUUCAUAAAUGCAAUAUCAAGCACAGGGCUAGAAAGGACCUAUUUCUUGAAAUGGAUGAGAAUGAACCUGGACAAUAUGGCUCGUAAAAACCUUUCUGGCCUUAGAGAGCUGUACAAAGAAAAGUCUCAGAAUUCAUCUGAAAACAAAGAUGAAAUUGCAGACCUUGACAGACAGAUUUCAAACAGUUCUUUGGGAACUGAGCAUUUCCUACGUGAAAUGGGUCAACUGUAUGAAUCUGCAGUCUUACUGGAAGAAACUGAAGAGUCAAGGCAACAACUGAAGCACCUGCCCAGACUAUGUGCUGAGUUGCUUCUGGAUGGGUUUCCUCUGGAGCUGGUGGAUGGAGACGCGUCUAACAUACCUCUGAGAUGGGUGAGUGAUGUGCUGCAUCAGCUCAAUGUCUUGGUGCAACCGAAGAGCAAGAUCCUGGUGGUAACUGUUCUAGGUGUUCAGAGCACGGGAAAGUCCACUCUAUUGAACACAAUGUUUGGAGUGCAGUUCGCAGUCAGUAGCGGCAGAUGCACAAGAGGGGCCUUUAUGCUGCUCAUCAAAGUCAAAGACGACUUCAAAAAGGAGCUGAACUGCGACUUCUUAGUGAUCAUCGACACAGAAGGGCUGAAGUCGCCAGAGCUGGCACAGCUUGAUGACAGCUACGAGCAUGACAAUGAGCUAGCCACACUUGUUGUCGGGCUGAGUGAUGUCACUAUAAUCAAUAUUGCCAUGGAGAACUCGACCGAGAUGAAGGACAUCCUGCAGAUCGUGGUCCACGCUUUUCUCCGGAUGAAAGAGGUGGGAAAGAAACCCAAGUGUCAGUUUGUCCACCAGAACGUGGCAGAUGUCUCGGCACAUGAUAAGAACAUGAGAGACCGGAAAAUGCUGCUGGAGCAAUUAAACGAGAUGACCCAGGCAGCAGCCAGAAUGGAAAACAAGGAGGAGAACAAGAGCUUCACUGAUGUGAUGGAGUACAACCCAGAGACUGGUAACUGGUACAUCCCUGGACUUUGGCACGGAAACCCUCCAAUGGCACCCGUCAACGCCGGUUACAGCGAGUCUGUAUACGAGUUCAAAAAGAACAUGAUCGAGGUCUUCCAGAACUGUGAAGCCUCUGGGAACAACAUCCUGGACUUUCUGGAGUGGACAAAAAGCCUGUGGAAUGCUGUGAAGUAUGAAAACUUCAUCUUCAGCUUCAGAAACAGCCUGGUGGCCUACAUGAAGCUGUGUGUUGAGUUCAGUAAGUGGGAAUGGUCAUUCAGAAAGCACAUGCACACAUGGAUGACAAAUGCUGAAACGAGGAUUUCCAACUUCGGAACAAUAGCAAUGAAAUAUCAAACAGGAGACGUGAGGGAUUUUCUCCAUCAUUUGAAAAGUGAAGCCUCCAUAGAACUCGUCCAAUGGGAGAAGACCCUUCUUGACAACCUAACCAAGUACUUUGAACAGGCAGAUGGACAUGUCUACUUGGUGGAGAGAUACAGAGAGGAUUUCGCAAACAGCACCAAAAGUCUUAAAAGGGAGAUAGAAAACUCUGUUUUGAGUAAACUGGGCGCUGAUGUUGAGAUUCAACAAGGAAUGAACAAGCUUGCCACAAUCAAGAAGAACUACACAGCGGUGAUGGAGGAGAAGGUGCUGAAGUUGGUUGAGAACUGCAGAGAGAACAAAUGUCAGAGGCCAGAUCAGGAGCUUGACAGAGAAUUUGAAAAAGUGUGGGAGGAAACUGUGCAGGAGCUCUCUUUUACAGGAUUGAAGAAAAUAGACAUUGUGAGCCAUGUUUUAAGCCAGCUCCGGUCUAACAUGAUGCAGAAGGCAGUGAAUGAAAAGUUGAACAAUGUGAAACUUGAAGAUCAUGGAACAAAACCCUUCAUAGUCUCUCCAGGGGGGUUCUUAAAGAAGUUAGUGAAUAGCAUUUACAUGAAUGAGAACACAAGAAAAACCCAGGCCAUGGCAGACAACCUCAUAGACAAAUGCAAAGAAUUUGUGAGAGAGACUGUUCAAAAUAAGACAAACUACCAUGACACAUACAUUCAAGAGAUCCUGCACAUGAUUGAAGAGAAGUUGGAAGCCAACAGAAAUCUUGGGACAAGCAAUAAAUUUGAACUCUCCAUUAAAUUGUACAUUUGUGGGUUUGCAUCCAGGGCUUUCCAAGCAAUGCAUGAACAGUUCAUAUGUGAAAACAAUCCUCGUUGGUGCCUUGAACAGUUCAAAGGUAAAUACUUGGCAGACUUCAAAGACUUGUUCAGUGGACAAGAUCAGUGUCAGAAGAAAGCUGCAGAGUUCACCAACCUGUGUCUCAGACCUGCAGUAGAAGCCUGUGUCACCAAUUCUCUGGGUCUAGAAAUUGUUGAUGUCAUGUUGACGGGACAGAAUGCCUUUCAAUUCAGCUCUCGGACAUUUUUCCAGUACUCUAUCCUGAAGCAACUGCUGUCAGCAUUCAACUUUGACGACUAUGUGAGCUACAUUUGUCACUAUGAAGCUUUUGUCAAGAAUUGGAUUUUGAAUGAAAUCUUGAAACGCUUUUCACAAGGGAACAAAAUGUUUGAAUUGGAGAAGUAUCAACUCAAUGGGAUUAUCAAAGUAAUCAAUGAGGCAAUCUCAAAGGCACAGACUAAUGAGAAUGACAACAUAAAGGAAUUCCUUCAGGACAUAUGCAGGGAACUUGGAGAGAAGCUGGUCAUUCCCCAAGAUGCGUUGGAAGCCACUAUGAUCCUCAACAAUUCCAAACAGGAACAGUUUGCCCACUGGCUCAAAACAUCUGUGGUGGAGAUGGAACAAUCUCUGACAGAAGAAUUCCAAAAAGCAGGGGAUGUGAAAACGAAAUUGAAAAGACAGAAAAUCAAGCCUCAGAACGAGCUGUUCACAAGAGUGUUUGGCUGCGGGAAGCAGUGUCCAUUCUGCGGGGCACCAUGUGAGGCAGGAGGGGAGGCCCACAAUGAGCACUGUGCCUCAAUACACAGACCACAGGGACUUGGUCAGUUCAGGUUUAAUGUCUCAAUGAAACUUUGCACUGACAUCUGCUCCUCUGCGGUGUUUAGUGAGGGUUCAUUCAAAUGCUACGAGACAAAUGAAGAACUUCAGCCUUUAAAAAAGUACAGAGAGAUUUUUCCCAACUGGCAUAUCCCUGCAGAUCCCAGCAUACAGGCCUCAGACUACUGGAAAUAUGUGAUGGCAAAAUUCAACAAGGAAUUUGCCAUACAGUAUGUCGCACACCCUGGAGAUAUCCCCCCCGCCUGGAAACGGAUCACAAAGGAACAGGCAGAAAACAGCCUUAGAGAGUCUUUUAGCAUUAAUUGAGAGCCUCUUCAUCAUCUUGAAGAAGAGUGGCAUCUUGAAGAGUAAUGAAGUGUCAGGCCAUAGUCAAACAAAAUUGUCAGAUUUAAUAGUAAACAAAGAACAUAAAUUAAUAAUACAAGACAUCUGCUUCAUCACUAAGCAGAAGAGUCUGGUGGCUGGAAUGAUAACGUGUCAUACACUUUGCCUCAGUUACUUUUCUGUCCCAGCAAUAAUCAUUUAUUUUUGCAUAUAAUCAAAGUUUAGCAACCAUUGAUACUUAAUGAUGUGUUGAUAUUUUUUUUAAUGUAUGUAUAUUUUGAGAAUCUGCAUUGGAAUAAUGGUCAUAAUUCAAGAGAUGUUUUCUUGUCACGUUUAGUUUUUAUUUGUGCUAGCAUUCACUACAUGUUUUGGUUCUUAUGUGGUGAAUGGGGGUUCAUUUUGCUGUAACACUGGGUAAAGUCAAGGCAUUCUUUACUUACAUUUAUUCAGGAAAGUGUUGAAACCAUUGACUUUGGUUAUUAAAUUAUAUUGUUCUGAGUCUAAUACUUCUGAAUUUUUCACUUUCCAAAGACACUUUGAUAUGAAAUAUUCUAUUGUGUUUUUUUCUCCCCUGUGAAAUAUCAGUAGCUAUUUGUAUUAGCUGAAUAUUUUUUUAUUAGACUGUGUAUAAUACUUAUAACCAGAAGACGUACACACACAAGCAUCCUGAUGCUUCUUACUGUAUAAGUAUUUCACACCAAUUGUAUUUCAUAAUAAUUAAUCACUUUCUUGUAUAUUAUAUCAAUGGCAAAUUAUCUUAACAGUGAGUCUUUGAGGUGCAGUCAACACUCUGGCUAUGAAUGUCUUUAAACAAAGUAGGCUACACCAACUGAGGUGAAUGCUUCUAUGUAAACUUUUGUAUUAAAGGGAAAAUGGCUUGCUUUGAAUACCCCCCAAAAAAGCAGCAUUUAUUUUCAAGUGAG